CAAGCGCACAUUACACUUUGCUUCAAUAACACUCUUUGGUUUGACUGAGUUAAUAACGACACAAAAGAAUGGAAACUAAAUUGAUGAUCUCGUUCAUCUUUCUGGCAAUGAUAUGUCUUGUUUACUGUGAUGAACCCGUCUGUUUGUCACGGUUUGACUACGAUGAAAAAAUGUUGUUGAAGUUUUUGAGGAUUGAAGACACUGUGGCCAAAUUUGAUGAGCGCGUAACAAGUAUAGUUCAGGACUUCGCAAAGAAAGAGCAAAUAUUGAAUUCUACGUUAGAUAACGUGCUCAUAAAAUACGCGGAUGAGUUUCAGACAGCAUUUCACACGUUUGAAAACACAACGCGUCAGAUCGUAGAUGAGUUCAAGUCAGAAAUAAAUGCCUCCAAGGAAAAGAAUGACAAUAUCCGAUCAGUUGUUCAAAAACUUCAAGAAGACGCCAGAGUCAUCCUACAGCAAGCUUCAGAUGCCACAGAGGAGAUUAAAAAAUCAGCAACGAAAGAUGUUGUUGCAUUUACUGCCCACGGUCCGGCGGAUGGUCCCGUAUCAAGUACACUAACGUUCACGACGGUCGUAACAAACAUAGGCAAUGGUUUUGACACAGCAACUGGUUUGUUCACCUGUCCAAAGUCUGGGUUGUACCAUUUCAUCUUCCAUCUUGUGAAACUCAGAAGUUCAACUAGAGUCGACCUAUGCCAAUGUACACUAGGCAAAAAUAGCGCGAGCACCGGAAUUAUCGCGAAGAUUGACCCGGAAGACCCAACCUCAAGCGGAGGUGCGGACAUUGGAAGCUAUGGGGUCAGUAAUAGUGCGUUUAUAAAAUUGGUCACAGGCGACACAGUGGGGCUUAUGUCGUGUUCUUCAGCAUCCACGUUUGACCCGCAGUCGUCUUUUAGUGGUCUUCUGAUUCAAAUCGAUUAGAGAGAAGCUCUGUAUUCAGGGCGAAAUCAAGUUUGAUUUCAGAAACGAAAGGUUGUAUUAACCUGAUGUGCACGCUGGACCUCGCAAAGUCGUAAUGGGGUUUCGUGUGUUUAAAGUGUCGCUUUGGCGAUCUUUGCGCAUUUUAACAAAAAUAGUGAAAAUUCAAUGUAGUGGCGAUACACGUUGACAUUGACGCAAGGAAUGUUUUUUUUUACAAUCAUGCCAGUUUUUUAUAUGAAUGAAGGCAGUUGCUUUCAAUUAUUGACUCGUUGUUAAUGACCCUUUUGUAAAACCUCUGGUUUAGUUUUUUAAUGAAAAACAUGUGAUAGUGUCAUAACACACUGUGUAAAUAAGUGGUUUACAACCAUAACCUCGUGUGUUAUUUAAAUCGUUUCCCGCGAAGAUAGUAGCAUUUAAUAGUUGGCCUAUACCUACCGCACUUCCUUUAGGAUAACGCGCAUGAAUAUAAUUGUUAUUAUUUUUGCUUUUACCCAAUUGCAACAUCUUUUUCAGCUGAAACAGAAAUAAGAUGUGCAACAUCUAGGUCAUGGCUUUUUUGUGUAAAAGGAAACACAUGUUAAGUCAAGACAUUGAUUUGUAUGUGUCGCCAGUAGUUUGCACUAUACAUUUUAACUGUUCUAGUCUAUUGCAACUCUCUUAAAGAUGUACCCUAUCUCCCAAAUAAGAUUAACCACAAUUAAUUAUAUUGUUUUAAUAUUCCUUAAAGGAAGAAUAAAUAUCGAAAACAAUUGUUCUUAUGAAGGAUACCGAGUUUAAUUUGAAAGAAAUGUGCAUAAAACACGGUAUUUCUACCUUAGGAGACUACAGUAGAUCACAGUAAAUCUUUAAGCAUUCACCAAUCAUUUAAUAUUUUUGCGUUUUCUGCUUUUAAAUACACGAUUACAAUCUUGUUCUCAGUAUUUAAAUUUCCAUAAUUGCAUGAUUUAGUAAGUUUUAAAAGUUGAUCAGUCAAAAUGUAUGUUUGUUAUACAUGUGUAUGUAUUGAUUUUGAAUAAGAGUGUCACUAAAGUUAA